UAGGCCAACGUCACUCGAAUGUUACGCAGUGGAGAAGAUCCGCAAGCGUAGCUAACCCAAUACCAAGCUCAGUGGGAAGAAGGGUGAAAACACACGCUCGUGGUCACACUUUUCUUUUGCCCCCAUCCAGCAGAACAACGUGACAAAAACGCACUUAUACGGCAGGAUUGCAUUAUAAAAGCCAGCAGGAUCUAGGAGUCGACCAAGAGAAAGUGUGAAAGGUGGGGGACACAGAGAUAAAGCGAAAGAGAGGAAAAAAGCAGGAGACUUUUUGGCCAUGUCUAGUCAAAGGAAAGGACCAUCAGCACGGCAAAAAGCAAAAUGUGCCUUCUGCCGAACCAACCGGGACAAGGAGUGUGGAACGCUACUGAUCUCCGACAACCAGAAGGUGGCAGCCCAUCACAAGUGCAUGCUUUUCUCCUCCGCGCUGGUGACGUCUCACUCUGAAAGUGAAAACAUCGGGGGAUUUUCCAUCGAGGACGUGAAGAAGGAGAUCAAGAGGGGGAACAAACUGAUGUGCUCCCACUGUCACCGGCCGGGGGCCACCAUAGGCUGUGACGUCAAGACGUGCCGGCGGACAUACCACUACUACUGUGCUCUCUGGGACAAGGCCCAGACCAAGGAGAACCCCUCACAAGGCAUUUACCUAGUGUACUGUCGCAAACACAGGGACGCCAUCCAAGAUGCCAGCGAUGAUGAAGAGCAGCCGGCGACUGAGGAGGCCAACGACUCGGACUCGUCUCCGCCUAGAGGUCGGGGGCGGGGCCGCUUCGAGAAGAGCCGCCUCAAGGGCCUGUCCAGGGGCCAGUCGGACGACACGCGUUCCACCUCAUCCCAGGGGCCUGACGACACAGAAAGCUCCUCGCAUCGAGACAGGUCUCCUCUGAGAGGCAGUCCCAGUGACUCGGGGCUUCGCUGUGGUUUCUGUCACGCCGGGGAGGAGGAGAACGAGACGCGAGGCGUGCUACACGCCGACAACGCCAAGAAGGUGGCAGCUCACUACAAAUGCAUGCUCUUUUCCUCGGGCACUGUUCAGCUCACCACCACAUCUCGCGCAGAAUUCGGUAACUUUGAUGUGAAGACGGUUAUUCAAGAAAUCAAAAGAGGGAAAAGAAUGAAAUGCACUCUGUGCAGUCAGUUGGGUGCGACCAUAGGCUGUGAGAUUAAGGCGUGUGUGAAGACCUACCAUUACCACUGUGGGGUGCAGGACAAGGCCAAAUACAUAGAGAACAUGGCACGAGGCAUCUACAAGCUGUACUGUAAGAACCACAGUGGGAAUGAGGAGCGAGAUGAGGAGGACGAGGAAAGGGAGAACCGCAGCAGAGAGAGGGCUGCCGGACAGCUCAACGGCAACUAGAUGCAGCUUAAUGUUGCAAGCGUCAGACCCAUAAGGAGAUAUCAUGUGGAGGAAAUAAAACAGAUAUUUUUAUAUGGUGGUGUACUCACAAACUGUCGGCCAGCCCUCUCGAUAUCUUAUAGUUUCCCAUGUGCCCUCUUUGACGCAUACUCCUUACUCAUUAAUGGUCAGCAACAACAAGAACCACCACCCUCUACUCUUGUGUGUGUAUACCGUAUACAUACAAACACACGCUCACCAGAAACGUUUCUUCAGCUCCAGUCAAACUUCAGAAGACUUUGAAGGCAGGAGGCCUUUGGAGAUGGAGAGAUAGUUGGAGAUAAAAACAAACAAACAAACAAACUGUACUGUAAAGGUGACAGACAAACUCACUUUGCUAUGAAUGCAUACUUACUGAGGAAUGAUGAGGCGGGUCAUGAAAGCACUGUCUCACAAUGUGACUGAAUGUACUGUACUCCAGACAAUUCCUUGUGACUUUACUACACGUAUACAGUACAGUGCGCUCUUACUGGAUUGAUAUUCAAUUGAGGCUGCCGUCUUCUCAUUUUUACUAUUCAUCUUCUCUUCCAAAUCUUGAACCUUUUAAUAACUCUGUUGCUGUAAUUUUUCUGUCGAUAUGAUUCUCUUAUUUGUUUUUGUUUUGAAAUGUGUAUUAUAUUUUACUACCGUGUAAUAAUCAUGAUUAAUAUUGGAUAUCAGUGGCUUCCUUUAUAGUCUCAGUCAGGAUUAAAGAUCAUCUGCUAGCAUGCUUUUUUUUAUUUACCAAAUUGCACGUCAUGUUUUUAUUUUAAAACUAAUCUCCUUUUUGAUUAAAAAAAAUACAGGCUGAAGUGACAGCUGGCACCUGAAGCCUGAACACAGCAGUGUAAUCAAAAAAAAAGUUUUGAAAUGAACCGCUAGGGUGCAGCAAAGAGCUGCAGGCCGUGGGCCAAUUUUCCAUAGGCUGUGAAUCAUAGGAGUCCUCAUAUUUAUGUAAGGUUAUGACAGUUUGGUUAGCUGGUACUAUUAGAAACACUUUUAUUAUAUCUUACAUAUUUAGGUGUUCCAUGCAGUGAUGGUAUUUGCACUCUGUGCUACUCACGAGGGCAAACGUG